GUGUAUCAAUACAACAUUAGUGUGAACUGUGAAGACAUAAACGCACGCACCACAGCAGCUCCCAAGAAAAACCAGACACGAUUUUUGUUCAGCUUGAUUUGUCGAAAAUAGUGUGAUAUCAUGAAAGUUCUAUUUGUUAUGGCGUUGCUGAUUGCAGCUGCUUCAGCACUGCCGCAAUUCGGUUUUGGUGGUCCUGGGUUUGGCGGUGGAUAUGGUCGUCCUGGUUAUGGUGGUGGCUUUGGUGGUCCAGGUUUUGGUGGUGGAUAUGGCCGUCCGGGUUAUGGUGGCGGCUUCGGUGGUCCUGGUUUUGGCCGAGCUCCUGGCUAUGGUGGCGGCUUUGGUGGUCCUGGUUUUGGUCGAGGUCCUGGCUAUGGUGGCGGCUUUGGUGGUCCAGGCUUUGGCCGCGGUCCUGGUUAUGGUGGUGGUGGUUUCGGAGGUCCCGGUGGUCAUGGUGGUCACGGUGGUCGCGGUGGCGGCUCUGCUUCAUCGUCUGCAUCCGCCAGUGCUAGUUCAUCUGCAGGCGGCGGACAAGGAGGUUCUUCGUCUUCAUCUGCAUCAGCUUCGGCUUCAUCAUCCGGUGGAUUCUCCGGUUAAGCUUUAGUAAAUGGGGGACUUAGAGUAGUACAUUUUUAAUAGAUUAUUUAAAUAUAAAUUAAGUAUGGGAAGGAUGAAACUUUAUAUGAUAUUUUUAUGUAUUUUUGAAUGAUAAAUUAUAAAUAUAUACAUAUAUAUAGUGAAUACAUACAAUAUACGUAUACUUUUAAAAAAUAUA